AAAAACAGACCCUAAUUACCUUCUUUAUUUCUUCUCUCGUCUUCCCUCUUCCUCGUAUUUCUUUCCCGCGUUCCGAACACGGCGUCAAACUAGAAAGGGGUUUUGAAUUCACACAUAUAUGCAGAGUGUAUAGCGUAGAAGGGGAGAGUAAACUUCAAUUUCUCUGACAGUUCAAGAAUACUGGAGAUUUGCAGAGACUCAUUUACAAUAUACAGUUUGAUUGUUAGGUCAAAAUAUAGAAGCCAAUGGAGGAUCUCAAAUCGGCUAUGGACGACCAAAUGAACCAAAUGGCAGAUCUCGUCGAGAGAUUCACCGCCGAACUUCGCUCCGGACUACGACCAGCUUAUGACAACUUCAUUGGCUUCUUCCACGCCAUCGACUGGAAGGAACCUUGGUUAAUAUGCUUGAUGCUGUUCCAUAUUGUGUUGCUAGUAGUAACUUUCAUCUCGAGGAAGAACGUCAACUUUCAAAUGUGCUUGUUCCUUCUUGCAUUAUCUGGUGUAUAUCUCGCGGAGACGGUUAAUAGACUUUUGGGUGACAACUGGAAAAGCUUUGCUGGCCAGAAUUAUUUCGACCCACAUGGAGUAUUUCUCUCUGUGCUCUGGUCUGGGCCUCUUCUCAUCGUUGCAAUCAUAAUCUUGGUGAAUAUCCUCUUUUCUUUAUGCCAACUAAUGGUUAGGUGGAAAAGGGCUGAGCUCAGACACCGUGCAAGACUUUCUCGUGACAAAGAGGAAUGACUCUCUUCUGCUGAAGCUUUACCAAGGCACCUCUAUAUUUUAGUUUUGAAGGAUGGCAAUCCAAUGCUGUGGUCUACUUUUUGACAUGAAGCCUUCCAUGGUCUCCUUAUAGAUAACUUCUAGUUUCGAUAUCUUUUUUGAGAUUGAAUGACACUGUUGUCUGCUGAUCAACUGAUAUGAGCUUUCGCUCGAGCCUCGAACUGUUGCACACCUUAAUGUUUCUCUAUAUGCUUUCUUCUCCUUCCUCGAUUGGUUUAGAAUUUUGGAUUUUAACUUUAAUGAUUUCAGUUUUUGUAAUUUGAAAUCUUGGAAUGGUAAUGACAUGGUGGUCAUGUUAUGUUUAUCAAUAAAUUGAAGCAUAUGUUUUGCCCUUCGUAUUUUGAUCAAA